CAAGGCUUUUUACGCCCUGAGCUUGGGCCACAAAAGCCUACGCUAACACCCUACCUUCUGGCAUGCCAUGGCCCGACGGAACCGGGUCCAACUCGACCCAAGAUUUCGUUCGCGGCUGCGUGACCUAAGCUAAACCGGCACCUUACCCUCUUACCCGCGAUGGACUCUAGACGUAACCCCGAUAGACAACCUCGCCCUGGCCGACUGGUUAAACUCACAAACAUCGAUGUGAGCGACGAGCACUCGAGUCAACAGUCUCGCCCGAGCUCUAGCGGCAGCUCGGAUCGCGGUGUCGUCGCACUUCUCGAGCAGCGCAGACGUACGGAUACCUGGAGGGUCAUCGACCUGGAUGCCCUACGGCAAACGAGCGAGCCCGCUCCAGGACGGGAAGCGACAGUGCUAGCGACAUUGCCGGCGGUGCUCUUAGGCCCGAAGCGUAAGAGGGACCAGAGUCCGACGUGCCAAGGCGGGCGUGAGGACCGACCGGCCAACCCAGCAACCCUACGGCAAGGCGAAAGAGACCCGGUGGACAGGAGCGAGGGAGGAGAACAGCUGCACCAGCGGCCCUCUUUGACAGAGGCGGAGGUCGGAGCUACCCUAAGUGUGGAGGCGCAAGUGUACCGGUGGUCGGAGGUGAGAGCGCCGGCUAUGGCGGGAAGGGUGCGGCACACAAUGGUAGCCUACUUGUGGGAGAUCGGCAACUACCAGGUGGCCCUGGGAUGGAGGGACCUUCUGCGGACGUGGCGACAAGAUCGGACGUUGCUACUGCCUUGGCGGGCUGGACCUAGCGUGACGGACGACGAGGACUUCGCGGCGACGAAGCGACGACACUGGCUGUCGGCGGAGGCCGAUUGGGACCGAGAGUUCGUCGCGCUGUACGAUCGCGCGCAACGUACCCGAGUGGGACGUAUCCUCGACGCACCGCAAGAACGAAUGCAGAAGGCCGACCUCGGAGCUCGGUAUGCCUUCCUGCAGGGCAAGGCGAGAAUGGGCGCCACGCGACCGCAACGGGUCGUCGCGAAAGAGGAGAUGUUCGCCUGGCUCUAUGGCACCUCGAAGCGCAAGGGCGCGCUUUGGGACGACUUCACGAGGGAGAUCAAGUACUGGACGCGUUGGCUAACGGUCACGGAGAGCCUCCAUCGAGGCAUCAUCGCGCUGUUCCCCGACACGAUCAAGAAGUCGUUCGUGGAGCAGACUCUGAAGGUGCAUGAGCUUGCGGUUUGGCUCGAGGCCAUCAAGCAAUUCCGCCCGGAGUUGAUCGAACUUAGCGGAACGAUUCUCCCGCUCCUGACGGACGCACUGGCUGGUAGGCAACCUCCGCCGGAGCCCCUGCUCCUCGAGAACUGGGAUAGCAACCCCACCACACUUGCCGCGCUGGGGGCGGCAUGGUUCCACCCCGACACUGCUGUCCCAUUGACGCCGCAAGCAAGCGAGGGCUCGAGAGAGGAGCGGAGUCCUAGCUGGGUGGGCCUUUUGGACUUUGACGGCGGCUUCAGCAGUAGUAUCCAUCUGUCCAGUCCAUAGCUACCCCCUCGUAACUGAUUAUAUGCUUCUAACGCAACACCUCACCUACUCUGCCAACCUUACUCGUCCAACCUAUACACAGUGGCCUGUUGUUGUAUAUACAUUGCGGAAGACUAGUCACGCCACGGCCAAACGAAAGAGACUGAUUUACCGGCCGGUAAAUCAGCCCCUCUUGGAAAACCUACUGGGGGAACUUGGCAUGUUGUGUUUAUGCUACACUAUCAAACACUGUUGAUAGGGGCGGUUUACCGGCCGGCGAAUCGGUGCCUGUUCGAAAACUGACCGACCGGUAAAUCAGGCCCGCUUAGAAAACUGACCGGCGGGGAAUUGGCAUGUCGUGUUUACGCUGCACUAUCAAACGCCCUUUGUGUGUGCCGCGGUAGGGUUCUA